CCAGUUACAGCGCAGUACUCAACAUAGCCAAUCACAGAGAAGGAGGGCGGGGUCUGCCCGAAAACGGGUGCGGAAGAAACCUCGGAACUUUUUCGGCGUUAAGGGGAGGGGCGCGCGGCGUGCAUGCGCGCGCGCGUGUGUGUGUGCGCUCGGUUUCACGGAGCAAGCUCGAGCCGAUUGUUUGCUCGGCUCUUUUGAUCUGAACGGUGCAGCGAUGUGUUCCCGGGCGCUGGGUGUGUGUGUGUGUGUGUGUGUGCUGCUCUCUGUGUGUUUCGCCGCUCCGCCUGCACACAUCAACCGCCUGGCACUGUUCCCUGACAAGAGCGCCUGGUGUGAGGCCAAGAACAUCACACAGAUCGUCGGGCACACGGGCUGCCAGCCACGAUCCAUCCAGAACAGGGCGUGUUUAGGACAGUGUUUUAGCUACAGUGUGCCGAACACUUUCCCCCAGUCCACAGAGUCUCUGGUGCACUGUGACUCCUGCAUGCCCGCUCAGACACAGUGGGAGGUGGUGACUCUGGAGUGUCCGGGCAGUGCGGAUACGCCGCGGGUGGAUAAGCUGGUGGAGCGAAUCCUGCACUGCAGCUGUCAGUCCUGCAGUAAGGAGAGCGGUCAGGAGGGGGCGCUAAUGCAGCUUUUCCCCGCAGAGGGCGCCGCCGAGUCCCCGUCUACGUCUGACACACAACGCACACACACACACUCACACUCCCACACGGACCCGCACCCUCAGCACACUCACACACACUCCGAGCCACACCCGCACACACACACACCUGAGGGAGGAUGAUGGGUAAAAUCCAGCCCCGCCCACUUUCAUCCACGUUGAUUCCUUUAGCGAGCUGACCGGCAAAAGUUUGCGGACACCUUGAAUUGAUAUUCUAUUGGUGAUUUUCUAAUAUGUUUCUUUCUCAGUUCAGUGAAAAUAUACUUAAUUUAACAGCUAGGACACUAGGGGGAGCUAGAGCUAGCUAGCCUGGGAAUGCACUUACCGUAAAAACGAAUUAAAAACAGCUAUUUGUUAAAUUAUCCAUUACAAUUAAACACACUGUCUCUUAGAUAGAGUUAGAUAUAUGUAGAUGGAUAUAGAUAGAUAUAUGAAAAUGAGCUCUGUUCUGAUUGGAUGCAUUAUAUUGCUCAACAUUCUGAUUGUCCAUCAGCUUAAUUGUCCACAACCUUUGAUAAGAUGAAAUCGAGAUGCUUUGUUUUAAUUUUUUGCUACACAUUUCAAACAAAGUAUUUUCUACUUUGUAAUGUUGCCAUUUUUUCCUCAAAACAUGUAAAAGACAAAACAAAUGCAGCUUGAAAAUCCCUGUAAAAUAUUCUUUCUUUUUAGUCCUGAAAGCAAAACACAAAACUUAAAACCUUAAAGGGGCACUGAACCCCUUGAUUUUUGCUGACUUUACCCUCAGCUCAAAUUUGAAAAAUGCAAAAAAAAAAAUUUGAGAGGGCUAGUUUGAGACGGGCACUGGGUGAUGUAUGGGUUUAGAGGCGGAGCAGGAGGGAGAGCUGAUUGGCUGAGCUGCAGCAGCAGCGCCUCUGAUAGUGGUGAGACACAGAUGUUUGGAUGUCAGCAGGGGGGCGGUGUUACUGAUUGAUUGAUUUGCAUAUUGUGAUGAGGUGUCUGUGUACCAAAGUACUCAGACACAUCAUCCUCGCCUAUAGCACAGCUGAAUCUGAGAGGAGCUGCAGAGGCACAAAUAACCACAGUUAAAGCGUUUUUUAAAGGUUAGAAAAUGUUUAUAAAAUUUCAAGCAGCUCUUUAUUGCCCAAUACUAAAAUUUUUUAGAAUAGCCUGUAGGGUUAGAAAUGCAUUAAAUUAUGUAUAUUUACAAAUAAAUAAAGUUGAGCAGAUAAAACAAAUAAAAACUAAUUAUUUUUUGAGUUUGAGCUUAAAGCCAAAGUAACAUGGCUAUAAAAAGGGGUGGCUGUAAUGUGUAUUGACCUAUUGUAGGUUUGGUUUUGGGUUUUUGCUUUUUAAUGCAUUAUUUGGGUGCAUUGUUAUUAUUAUCAUUAAUUUUAUUUCAUUUUUUUAUUUAGUUUUAACAAAUUUCACCUUAUAAACCCCAAAUCACUCGAGGUAAAGAGGCUUUUAGAAGACCAGCAAUGAGAAAUCAUGAUUUCUAUGGAUUAAAGGACAGAAAUGUUUAUUUUUUUGGGUGGUUUAAAGGGUCGCUAUGGUACAUUUUUGCAAAAUUGUUAAACACAUUAUAAAAGCUUGGUGUCCACAAACUUUUGACGGCCGUGGGAAUCCUGCUGAUUUCCUCCACUCCUCCUUUUCUCUUUUAGCAUUGCGCUAAACACACAUUCCUUUUAUUACUGUUUAUUUUUUCUCUAUCUUUAAUCUUUCUUUCUUUGUUCUAUCGUUUCAUUCUCUCUCUUUAUUUCUCUUUCUUUCUCUUUAUACCUUCCCCCGUCUCUCUCUCUCUCUCUCUCUCUCUCUCUCUCGCUUGGCGAAUUUAAAGCACUUUUAAAAAUAGCACUCUUCUUUAGGAGAAACCUUCUGCACCAUACUGACCAAUCACAAGCUGUCUCUGCUCGCUGCUGACCAAUCAGAGCCCUCCUGUGCUCUCAGUGGGGGGGUAAGCUGGAAUGACAUGCCUUAAGUAGUGCACACACACACACACACACACACACUCCUACAGAGUAGAGCGGUGGUGGACGAAGUACAGUGAAAGUAGAGGAGUGUUCCCUGAAUUAUAUCCCAUAAUACUUAACACUAAAUCUAAUAUUCCUCAAUAUUCCAUCAAAUCUUUCAAAAAUAAUGUUAUUAUGGUAUAAAAGUCGACCUGUAUGUGAUUAUAUGGACUUAAUAGAAUAAACACUUUGAUAAAACUAUCCAGCUAACAUUAUUGUGGCAACUUUUGGUUAGUUAAACGUUUUCUGAAUGUUACAUUUAACAUUCUUAGAACGUUCAAUAAGUUAUGUUUUCUGUAUCUUCUUAGAAAGUUCUGGUAACGUCGCUGCAACGUCACUUGAGUCAGUGUUUUCAUUUUUAGUUUUGUAGGGAAUGUUACUUUUAAUGUUAACGUUUCCAAAAUGUGAAAAAAUUUAAUUUCACUUCUACUCAGUGAUAAAACUCCUGCAUCCGGACUGCAAUUGAAAUGUUUUUUUUCCUUUUUCUGUCACGUGACAUCACGUUCAGUAGCUCCUCCAUUUCCACUCAAUGUUGUGUUUUUAGCAUGGAUCUCCAUGGAAACGUGCUCCCAAGGUGUAAUAACAGUGCGCCGCAGUGGACAAAUAGCUAUUUUAUUAAACGAGAGGAGACGAAACUCAAAGAUCUAAAAUCACAGAGGAUAAAAACCCCCAUAAAAGAGAAAAUUACCACAGAACACCUGAGAAACUACUGCAAUCCUAUCCAGAUUAGGGCUUUAGACAAUACAAUAAAAACAAUAGAAUAGUGCCAUAAACAAUAGAAUUGAUAAUUGGAUAAACAUUUUUAGGGUACAGCCCCCAGUACAGUGUUUAAUAAUCUUUAUAAUACUUUUAUAUUGCUUUUAUAUUAAUAUAAGCUGCCUAAUUCACUCACUCUCUGUGUGAAAGCUGUGAUACCUCUCACAGGGCUUCAUCUCUCAUAAGAGCUCAUUAAAUCACUCCAGUGUGAACGUUAAUUAACACUAUGAUGAAAGGUCAACAUGCAGGUGAAUUACACAGAGCUGAGUGGCUGUGAAAUAAACAGGUAAACACUGUAUACGGCUCUCUUCAGAUAGCUAACGGCUAUAAUUAGACUAUUAGAGCGUUAGCCUAUUAGCUUCAGCGAAUUUUCACAAAACCAAACAGAUGGGUUCUUCUAUAAAAGAUUCUUGGUACCACUUUAAAAUAAGACUACCUUUAUAAAGGGUAUAUCGUUAGUUUAUUAAUGGUUACUAAUUAGGUUGUAAAUGCCUUAAAAAUCAUUAAUAAUCAGUUAUAACACAUACGUUGAAAUAUAGAUGGCUGUGGGUUCACUAUUUGGCAAACAACAGGUCAUUGUUGCCGCUUCUACGUGUAUGUUAUAACUGAUUAUUAAUGAUUUUAAGGCAUUUACAACCUAAUUAGUAACCAUUAAUAAACUAAUUGUAAAUCAUCUAUAAACCCUUUAUAAAGGUAGUCUUAUUUUAAAAUGGUACCAGAUUCUUUCUAUGAAAUACAGUUUUUAAGAUCAUUAGCCCUGUCACUGAUGAUUCGCAGAAUAAAACUACAAAAUCUGGACCUAUGGGAGAGAGAAGGAAGGGUUUGGGCCAGUUAGCUGUGAUGCUAACAACUGGUCCCAACAGGAUUAGAGCCACAAUGCUAACAGAUACCAUUGCUCAGCUUGGCAAGGUUGGAACAGGUUAGCUGUGAUGCUAACAGCAGACCUCUGCAGGGGUUUAGCUGCAAUGCUAACAGACACAUCUGCUAUCUUAUUUGAUCUAAUAAGGUACUUUUGGGUACUCCUGUCCACCACUGCCAACACACACACACACACAUCCACACACACUUCCACUAAUUUCUAUUGAAAAUGCUGAACAUACACUUGAGUAUUAAGAGAUAUGUAUGAAUAUAUAUGAUCACCCAUGAAUGCACACACAAUCUAAACCUCUCUAUCUCUCUCUUUCACACACACACACACACACACACACACACACACACACACACACACACACACACAGACACUCUCUCUGUGGCUUAAUUAUUGAAGCUGUAUGUCACCAAUGUAUGCCUCUGUAAACACAAUAAAUACUUUAAUCAAA